UUUGUUAUUGUUUCUCCUCCAGUGCUAAACAAUUUCAUAAUUUCAUUUCACUUAACCAUAAUCACAAUUAACAAAUUAUUAACAAAAUUAUGACAAAUAUAAAAGACAUUUUACAAAAACUAUGUGAAUACUUCGAUCCUGGGCUGACAUUCGACGAAAUUGUUGAAAAAGACGAACAAAAUGAGCUGGAGAAUUUACCAAUCAUAACAAAUGCAAUGAAUCACACAGAGCUAUCGAACAUUUUACUGGAGCUAUGCAGCGAAUACCGCAUGUGUCGACAAUCGGAUUGCAUAGCUGUUCACGUUGAAACGUGGAACGAAUUUUCCAAAUUUGUCAAUCCCGAACAGUUUUCCGUAUUCUUCUAUGCAUUGAUCGCAAAUGGUAAAUCGAAUCGAUAUCCGAAAUGUAAAACUAUAGCAAUGCUAGCAGCUAGAUGCUACUGCCUUUGUCAAACUUCGCCGGGUUCGAAGGCAUACGGGUUCUUUAACGAAGUCAUAGUAGAGAAAUGUUUCGGCCUGCUGAAAAUGCUGGGUAUCAGUCCGAUGACGACAACGUUAAAGAUGAACGAACGUUACGAACUACGAAUUCAUUGUAUGAACUUUCUGGAAGAUAUCGAAAUUUUGCUGGGAAUAGUUACGCUCGAUGACUAUUUGGAUGUGAAGCAGACGUUGAUCGAGAAUGUGUCAGCUGUGCUGGGACUGUACUACGCAAAUUCGUUGCAAGGUGCGCAUAUGAUUGACGAAAAAUGCCUGCGAGUACUGGAAAACCUCAUUCAACCGUUGCAAGGCGAUGUCGAAGCAAAUUUAAUGCUAAUCCUAAAUGGCACCAUCAGCCUAAACAAAUUCCACAGACUGUCGUCGGGUAAAAUCGAUUCGAUCGUCAACUGGUUCAUCUCUCUACUGGACAAAUAUCCGAACCAAACAUGUUUGGUAUUGACGACAUACAUAAAACAUAUUCUCACGCUGCCAGCCUUGAGUGGUGACAGCGCUGAUCGUCUCCGAAACAUCGAUCUGUGCGUCCAAUACGACAGUGCUAUGUACACCAAAUGUAAUCAGUCGAUAAUUGACUAUUUGAAGGAGCUGGCCACCAGUACGGAUGUGUACGAUCGAGAAUCGUGUGUGGAGAUGGUGGGGAAAAUGUUAUUGAUGGAUUCGUUGCCGGCAAGCUGGUCGUCAUCGUCGGACACUAUUCCACGAGAAAUCGAUUUGUUCAGUAUGUUGGUGACGAAAUUAUUGGACAGUUCCAACAGCAUCAAAGUGAAAGCCGUCAAUCUGUUCAUCAAGGUUACACAAUCGGGAAACGCAAUGUCCAAGAAAAUUUUGCAGAGUUUCCUUCCCACCGAUUCAGAAGCAGACCCCGCCAAUCAGUCUCAAAAUGUUCCCGGAAUCGAAGAACUAAACGAUCUGCCGAACAAAUUGUUCGAAAUAACACAAUGGAAUAUGAGAAACAUAUCGGCCCAUGUGCGGCGUUCGGCUCUGAUACUCUUCGAAUAUGUGACCACAAUAUCGGUGGACCUUGAAUUUAUGUCAUCGCCAGCAUUCGAAAAAAUGGUCGAAGAUGUAUCGCCAACGGUGCGACGACAGUUGGUCUCGACUAUGGAUAAAAUUUUAGGCACCAAAACGAGUGAAUCCAUCUGUAAAUCGUAUGUGAAAGUGAUGUUGUUUCUGGCUAACGACACAGAUCCGAAAAUUGUCGACGAUGUCAUGGAUAGUCUUCGGAAGUACAUCUUUGACAAUAUCGAUAAGUACGAAUCGACUGCAUCGGAACGGCAAUUAUUUCCGUGGAGAUUGUUGCGAUUGAUUAUCGCAUCGGGUGAGGACAGUUUGGAUUUGAGGAAAUGCAUCGACAAAUCAAUUAACCGGAAACUUAUGACGGCGAGGACUCUCGAGUACGUGGAAACCUAUUUGAACAGCCCGUAUUCACUCGACGCGUGGAUUUUGUUAUCGAUGGUUGCGUCCAAUAUUAAAAGUAAAACACCACAAUUUGUCUACUUUAAACUGCAGGACAAUUUAUGCGACUUUGCCAACGAAGCGCCGACAAAAGCCUUCUACCAAUUGGACGUCGUGCAAAAAUGGUUCGACGAUUUUCCGCGACAAAAUCAAAUCGAUUUGUUUUCCAAAUUUACCAUGCUCUUGGAAUCGGGCAAAGUAUCACCGCUGCACGUUAAACGAAUCUACGAAAUGUGCUACAAAUAUGCUCAACGGACGGGUGAACUUGAAUCGUGGACCAUCCAAUUAAAAACGACAUGCGAAAACUACAUACUCAAACAUUGCAAAUCGGAAAUGUUAUCCGACAGCUACGAUCAUCAGCUCAUCAACUAUUUGGUCAUUUAUUCGGAGACCAUUGACGAAUCGAAACAAAUCAAUCGAAAUAUCACGACAUUUCUGUUCAAUUUUCUGCAGGCAGAACUACCAAAGAAAAUCAACGUCGAUCCGAAUUUAACGCAGAAAGUGAACAUAAUUCAGAUCGUGUUGACGCGACUGGCGUUCCGCGAUGAUGAUAUUUUAACGAAAUGUGUUCCGAUGCUCGCAACAUUGCUCAAUCGACGUGGACUGGCAGAUAGCAUUUGCGAAACGGCCAUCAAAUGUUUGGGCGAUUUGUGUAAGAAAUACACACAACUGGUAGAAUCAGUCAUCUCGUCUGUGCUACUAAAAACACAAAGCCAAUCCGAGAAGGUCAGAAAAUGUGCCAUUGAAACAUUGGCAAGUCUUAUACUGGAAGAUUAUCUCAAAUUCCGCGGUUCACUGUUGCUGUACGUGCUAGCAGCUACUGCUGACCAGAAAACCAACAUUGCCAGAUUGGCUCAUGAGCUGAUCAUCAAAUUUGCGAAUGAGAAGAAUGCCAUUUUGAUUCGAUCGUGUUUGCGAGAGUGUCCGUUUGCCUUCAACGACUGUAAACUGGUCGAUAAUUCCGAGAUGUUCGGUUCGGAUCUGUGUCUGAAGUCGCCGUUAAAAUCGAAAUUGGAUGAUCGCAGGUACAUUUAUCGGUUUCUGGUCCACAAUUUGGAAGUGAUCAAUUGCUACACGUACUUUGAAAACUUUUCGACAAUCAAAGAUCGGCUAUCGAAAAAAGGUUUCCAGAAGUCACCGGAACUGGUCGAAUCAAUUCAAGACUUUUUGUAUAUUUGCGAACACAUUUGUAAAUCGAAAGAAAUUCCAAAAUCCAAAACAGCGGAUACUGGCAUUGAAGGAGACGAGGACGGUGAAACUGCUGGUCCGAGCAAGGGUCCUGAAGAAGCAGCUAGUAGUGCUCCGACUACUCGUAAACGCAAUCGACAACAAACAACCUUACCCGAAGCCAUGGUUGUCGUUGAAAAGGCAAUAUCUCGUUUCCCCGAACUUAGUGAUACAUUAGCUAAACUGGAUGCUAGCUUCAAGACGUCGUUCGAUCAAAUCUGCUAUGCCAUUGGCGAACAUUUCGGCGAUUCGAUAAAAUAUUUUCCGAAUUCAUUUUGGGACAAAUAUCGUAAAUCGAAGCCGACAAAGCGAGUGGCGCGCCGGAAAAAUGAUGAUGGGGACGACGUAUCAGAUGAUGAGGCAAACGCUUCGAAAAUGUCAAAAGCGCCAAGAAGAAACGAACAGAGGGGCAGCGUGAGGCCCAGUGAUAAUUCGAUGAAUGAUACCAGUUCGAUUUAUGAAGCGAACAGUACUGUAGUGUCAAGCACUCCCACACAAAACAAUCCCAUCGAAGAGCCGAGAAAAUCAAGAAAGAGGACGAAAAGCAUGGCAACGAACGAUAGCGGUUCAGAUGGUGACGAUGUGAGUCUGUUGAAAACGCCAAAAUCAUCGAAACGAACGAGUGUGAAAAAGUUGAUGAAAAGUAUGGUGAUAGGAGAUAGUGAUUCAGACACUGAAAGUCUGAAGCAAAUGCAAAGCACAUUCAAGACACCGAAGUCAGCAAGAAAUGAGACGAAACGAACGCCACGAAGAAGUAAGAACCAUUGACACAAAUGGUUGGAAAUAUUGAAUUCUUCCGUCCAUGGUUCAGCGAUACUAGUUCCACAUUAAAUUCUUUAUAGUCCCGGUCUAAUACAUUUCACUGGAAAUACAAAUAAGUAUCCCAUGCAACGGUACCCAUACAUUAAAUUUUACUGUACAUUUACAAUUGAAAUACAUCCCGCUCCUGCU